UAUAAUUGUAUGGAAAAAUUAUUAGAACAAUUAUUAAUGUUUAUUACGUUCACUGGAACGCAAAAUGAAAUUGUCUUUUCGGCAAAGUUUGAACAACGUGAGCUUGCUACCAACAGUAAUGGAGCAAGUAUUUCAUUAAUUAAUAACGCAAUAUUGAUAGGGAGAAGACGCCAAUAG